AUGUCGCAACUUUACGACGAUGAAGCACAUGCCUCCGACUCCGACAUGGGUGGGAGCUGGAAGGACUCUAUCGAAGUCUUCCUACUUUUUCUAGGCUGGGCCAUUCUCCGCCGUUGUCACCGCGUCUCCUAUUUCUUGGCUGAGCUCAUCGCAGUUAAGCGUGCUGCCGCCAGCGGCGCGCCCUCGGAUGACAUGAAGCCCUCUUCCGCACUGCGGACCACGAGCUUGACCAUCGUCCUCUCUUCUGCUCUCAUCGCGCCCGACCUCGCGCUUGUGCGGCAGCACCGCUUCAUGGGAUUGCAGACGCGGCGGGUGCCCGUCAUCAUCGAUAUCCUUCCUACCUUCCUUCACCUCGCACUCUUCCUCCUGUUCGCCGGCUUCGCCUUGUUCUUCUGCCACUGCAUGCCGGUCUGUCUCGUCAUGCGUUACUCUACGAUCGCCUCUGCCGCCCUUCUGGCGGUGGCAACAGCUCCCGCGCUCGCUCACCCGGUCACCAUUCGCGCGACCGAGGAUGCUUCCAUGGUUGAGCGUGAGCUUCAAGUUGGACUGCUGGAGCGCGGCUACUACGCCAACGUCCUCCCUCGGGACCGCAAGACGAGCGACGGUUCGUGCAUGUGGGCCCCGCGGCUCAGAACCACGCCGGGCAGCCACGCUGCGACGAAUCCUCCCCCGAACCGGGCUGGGCCGAAUGGUCGGCCUCAUCCGCAGCCGAACGGUGGCUCGGGGCACAACGGUGGCGCCGGGCGGGGGGCGGGAGCCCCUCACCGUCGCCGGGAGUACGACCUCGACGGCGAGCUGUUCGAGCGCGGCUUCGAGAUAGACGAGCUUGACUGA